AUGACAACAACACCGCCACGUUUCGACGAUUCGCUAGAUGCUUCAGAUAUCGCUACACCGUGCACAGUUAUAGAACGGCUGAAAAUCCGUGAUAGGAAUCCGGAUGAUGACGUGGCAGAUUCAGAUGAGGAACAGAAUAAUGAUAGUGAAGAGGAGGAAGAAGAUGAAGACGAGGAAGAAAAUGAGCAUGACUAUUUUGAGGGAAAAUCGCAGUGUAGUGCGCGAUUUUCGCAGACUUCUGAAGCGACGACGACUGUUAAGCAACCUUUUCCGACGACUUCGACGAAGGUUGGGGGAUUUUUGCGAUUUUUUGAGUCUAAAUUUGACUAUUUUUGUCACAAAAUCAUCCCAGAAAGCUCAAAAAUUGAAUUUUUCAUGAAAUUUCGCGUUUUUCAACACCGAACAAGCUCAAAGACCUCAAAAAUCAGAUUUUUCACGAAAUUUCACAAUUUUUGACAGCCCAUAAGCCGAAAUUUUGAAAAAAUCGUGUUUUUUCGCAGCGGUACCUUUUUAAAGGAGCAUAACCUGAUUUUUGCGAUUUUUGAUACAAAAUAAGAUCGGGGAGCUUAAAAAUCGGAUUUCACACGAAAUUUUACGAUUUUUGAGACCCAAUAACCCAAAUUUCUGUCAAAAUCAAGUUUUUUCGUGGUGGGACCUUUUUAAAGGAGCAUAACCUGAUUUUUGGGUCGUUUUGAUAUUCUACAAGCUCAAAGACCUCAAAAAUCGGAUUUUCCACGAAAUUUUACGAUUUUCGACACCCCAUAAGCUAAACUUCUGUCAAAAUCGAGUUUACUUCGUCGUGGGACCUUUUUAAAGGAGCAUAACCUAUUUUAUAUGAAAAAACAUAUGCUAUGCACCUUUAAAAUGGUUUUACCACGAAAAACUUCAAUUUUCGUUUAAAGUUAAGCUUAUGGGGUCUCAAAAAACCUUAAAUUUCGUGAAAAAUCCUAAUUUCACCCCGGUUUUCCCCUAAAAAACCUAAUUUUUCUAGGUCUACUGUCAUAUCGAUGAAGAAACGACGCUAUAUUUGAUGGAAGUUCACGUGCCACCAGAUUUGAUCACCUUGGGAGACGUAAAACGAGUCCUGAUGCGAACCAAUUUCAAGUAUUACUGUAAAGCGCUGGAUCCGGAUUCGGGAUAGUGAGUUUUGUAUUUUGAGCCGAAAUUUGAUGAUAAAUGAUGAAUUUUGAGUCAAAAUUCAUCAAUUUUCACGUUUUUCACCUCAGAUUUACCAAAAAUCAAUUUUUUUCAGCGAAGUCAAAGCCGAAGUUCGUGACGAUGCUCAAAAAUUGAUCCCCCUACCAAAUGGUCGAUUCGAGUUGUUUCUGUUGACAAUCGAAGGAUCUACACAUUCAGAUGGUGGAAGUAGUGGAAGUCGGAUGAGGAAAAAUCAACAUUCCGUGAGUUUUUGGGGAGUUUUGACUGAAAAUUAGGUUUUCUAUGCUGAAAAUGAUGAAAUUUGAACCUAGAUUCGAAAUUGUUCGAUUUUUAAGCUCAGUUUCAUGAUUUUUGACUGAAAAUUUGGAUUUUUCUGGGAAUUUCGAGCCCAGACUCGAAAAUUUAUGAAAUUUGAAGCUUAGGCUUAAAAUUAAGCUCAAAUUCAGGCUCUCAGUUGAAUUUCAGUAUUUUUAGCUGACAAAUUGGAUUUUUCUGGAAAUUUUGAGCUCAAAUUCAGGCUCUCAAUUGAAUUUCAGUAUUUUUUGCUGAAAAUUUAGAUUUUUCUAUAAAUUUUCAGCUCAAAUUCAUGAAAUUCGAUGGAUUUCAAGCCCAGACUCGAAAGUUUCGAAAUUUAAAGCUUUGACUCAAUUUUAAGCUCAAAUUCAAGAAUUUAAUCAAAUUUCAGAUUUUUUGACUGAAAUUUUGGAUUUUUCUGGAAAUUUUGAGCUCAAAUUCAUGCAUUUUGAGCCCAGACUCGAAAAUUUAUGAAAUUUGAAGCUUAGCCUCAAUUUUAAGCUCAAAUUCAAGACUUCAAUCAAAUUUCAGAUUUUUUGACUGAAAAUUUGGAUUUUUCCAUGAAUUUUAAGCCCAUAUUCAUGAAAUUUUGAGCCCAGACUCAAAAAUUGUGCAAAAUUCGAAUUUUCACCUCAAAAAAUUCAAAUUUUUCCAGGUUCCAGCGCCGGCUCCGCCAAAUAAUAAACACAUAAAUUAUCAUCAUGCCGCCUACCAGUUUGAUAAUUCAAGUGAGUUUUUUUUUUGAAAAUUUUCCCACAAAAAAUUUAUGAAAAGUCAUUAAAAUUAUACGAAAACAUGUGGAAAAAUUGGAUUUUUCAUUAAGUUUUGUGGAUUUUCAUCAGUUUUAGCCAAAAAAUUAUCGAUUUUCAGUGAUGUCAACCGAUUCGGAAUCAAUGAUUUCUGCAGCUGUGCCGAGCUAUUUGAAAAAUGCCUACGCCAGGAGAUUUCCGCAUUUUUUGGGAGGAGGUUGGUGAAAAUUUGAAUUUUUUGAAUUUCGCGCUAGAAUUUGGAUGGAUUUUCGUUGUGAGACCCACAAGCAUGCAUGGUAGAUCAAAAUUUGCCGCCAAAAAUAAAUUUGCCACGUCAUAACUCAUCAUUUUUUUUCCCAUGCACUUUUGUUCCUUCCUCCUUUUCUUUAAAAAUAGUUUCUCCCCCAAAUCAUCUUUGAUCACCCAGAGUUACGCUAACUCGAAACACCUGACCUUUUUGCUCUCGCGAAUUUUUUUCGAUCCCAGUUGGAGCCCGAAAUAAUUUAUGUUUUUAUUUGAUUUCGAAAAUCUUUUUCCGUGUUUCAAAACAAAAGAAGAGAAAAUGUGAUUGAUUUUUUUUCGCAUUUCAUUUAUCUCUCCCGACUUUUUCUAUCAGAUUUGUUUUUGGCUCUCACUUUGUGCUCUUUUUGACCGCUUUGUGUAGUUCUCGCGGACAAGGUGGUUUUUGGUGCGAUUUUUUGGGUUCUUCUUUUGCCUCCUGAAGUGCUCUCUGCUGUUCUAUUUACACACUGAUAUCUCCCCAGUUUUUUUUGUGUAUGUCAUUGCGUUUUUUUUUCGACAAACAGUGCACCAGAUACUUGAGAUUCAGUAUAUUGGAUAGAGUUAGUUCUGAAGUUUUUUUUGUUGCUGACAUUUUUAUUUUCUUGUAUGGCUUCUCUGCGUCUCGCUGUAGCUUGUGGUCUCUUACGCUUUGGUUUCUCUACGUCUCUAACAAUUGCACAGUAUUUUUGGUUUGGUUUGGUUUCUCUGCGUCCCUUGAAAUAUAAUUAUCACUUUUUCUUUGGUUUCUCUGCGUCUCUAACAACUGCACAUUAUUUUUUGGGUUUGGUUUCUCUGCGUCUCUCAAUGUUCUUUGCUCUCUAACUGUUAGGCUUCUCUGCGUCUCUAACAAUUUCCUACACUCUAGUAGAUCCAUUUUCUCUGCGUUUCUCAAUUUUCUCUAGUGUCUAGCUGUCCUGCGCAUCUCUCAUCCUCUAGAUUUUUCUUUGCGUCUCUCUCAAAAUCCCAUUAUCUCUAAAAUUUGUGGUUUGUGACCGCUCUGUUUCUCUGCGUCUUCUCAUUUUCCACGAUAUCUAACCUGUCUCUGCAUCUCUCAUUCUAAACUAGACUGUAGUUGAGAGAUUUUCUGCGUCUCUUCUCUCUCUCUCUCUCCAAUCUCUUGAUCUUCCAGCCACCUUUAAAUCCCAUGCCAGAACGAAAAAUUGGUGGUGGUGGUAGCCUGGUCACCACCAUUGUAUCUCGAUUCGAAUCGAAAAACCUGAGCGGAGGUCCCGCCACGAAAAAAUCACCGCAGCCACCAAUUGCGAAACUCGACGACGAUUUCGAUGCCGCGCCGCCGCCAAAAUCCAAAGUGUUGCACCAAUUGAAGCGAACCUACACCAAUCUACCAACCGAAGAGAUUUUGAGCAAAAAACAGCUGAAAAAGCGGCAAAGUGAAAGCGCUUUACAGCAUCUCGGUGGCAAUAAAAAUAAAGAGGGCGGAGCUGGUCAGAUGUUCAUCGGAACGCUUAUGAGAUUGGCCAGUUUGAAGAGUUUGGUCGCUUCUGUGGAGGAUAUUCAGAUUGGUGAAGGAAAGAAGAAAGAUCAGAAGAAGAAACGAAAGCGGAAGAGGGCCGAUGCGAAAGAAGCGCUCAAAAAUCGACUUUUGAAUUGGAACUCGGUUGAAGAGCCGGCGCCGAGUUGGGUUAAUCGAUCACCAUCGCCUAGCAAAAUUCAUAUACCUACCCCGGUUUUUAAGCGAAGCCCGGAAGUUGAAGAAGAGCCUGAGGGCCUCAAGAAGUCAUCAUCACGAAGUCUGUUCAGUUUCAGUAGAUCGGAGAGCAAGGAGAGCUUGUUGAGCCAGAAAACAUCGCCGAGAAGUUUAUCGCCGGCUAGAAAUUUGGCGGAGAAUAUCAAGAAGAAGAUCUGGGGACGAUCGGAUAGUCUGGGAUCGCAGGCAAGCUUGGGAUCGGCAAAAUCGCCUAGAAGCCUAUCGCCGGCUAGGAAUUUGGUGAAUCGAUUUUUGGGUAAAUCUGCGAGUCAGACGUCGAUUCGAAGCCAGGAGACGUUGAAGGAAAGAUCUAGCAGCUUGAAAUCGAAGCAGGAAGGUUCGGAAGUUGAGGGAAGAUCGGGGAGUCUGCGAAGUUUGUCGAAGAAGAUCUUGGGAUCGAACCUGAAGUUGGAAGCGAGACCUUCGGAGCCCAACAUCAGCUCUCCGGUUGCGACCUCAGCUCCUACUUCUGCUCCAGCGGCUACCCCGGCUCCCAAAAGAAGGCUCGUCCGAUCGGACGCCACGAUAGGAGCUAGGCUUAAGAAGAAGCUAUCGGUUGAGGAGGACGAACCUACAGAACCCGAACCACUUCCGAAGUCCCCACUGCGUUCCCCGCUCCCCAAACUCGUCAUCGAACAUUUACCCGAUCGCCCGCAGGUCACCCAGCGAUCCCUGUCGGAAAUUGUAUCCACGGAUAGACUCAGACCCCUCAGCCUCCCAGCGGGCCGCAGGAAACUCCCACCAAUGGCUCGAACUAUGUCACUCAUCCCGCCACCCGUUCUCCCACCGCUCUAUGAAGAGGAGAGCCUGGCGGAGACUUCGCAUAACUCGCUGGGAACAACAACGCACACCAAGAGAAGAUACGGGGGAAGUAACACGACUAGCACGUAUCAGGGUGUGAAAGAUGCGGCACCGGAUGCGUCGCCGCGCAGGCAUUUGAUUGGAUUCUUGCAUCGGACGAGUCAUUUAUCACUGACUUCGGAGCUCAGCGGGAAUGCUUCGUUUUAUUUGAUUGGUGAGGCUUGGUUUUGGGCCUAAAACUAAGCCUGAAAGUUGGCCUAAAGGUCUAAAUUCAAGCCUGAAACUAAGCCUGAAGCUUAGCCUAAAUUAGAACCUUAAGCUUAGGUCAUAAGUCUCAAUUUAGACUUGAAAAUAAGUCUUGUUUUGGCCUAUGAUUAGACCAAAUUUGAGCCUGAAAGUAAGCCUUAAUUUAGGCCCAAAGGCCAGUCUAAAUAUAGACCUCAAAAUAGACAUGGAUUAGGCUUUGUUUCAUGCUGAAACCAAGCCUAGUUUAAUCCUGAAGCUUAACUCAAAACUAAGCCUAAUUUUGGCCUAUGACUAGACCAAAUUUGAGCCUAAUUUUAAGCCUAAAUUCAAGCCUAAAACUAAGCCUGAAGAUUUUAUCAUGGUCCCUCGAAUUUUUGAAUUUUUCUAUAUUUAGUUGGGCUAAGUGAAAAAUGCACUGCACCUAAUUAGUUGAUUUAAUUAAUUAGCAAAUGAUUUUUGGUUUUUUUUAUGCCAGAAGGUCUCACAACGAAAUCCGAAAAACAAAAUUUGAUUGCUCCCAAUGGGAAUCGAUCCCCGGACCUUUCACCUCGAAAUUAUUUGUUUUCCAGGACACCGCCGACAACAUUUGGAAGACUCGACAAUAGCCUCGGAAUCCGAUGCUCGGAUAUUUUCGGAUGAAGAUGAUCGGUGAGUUUUUGGGGCUCUUUUUUGCCACGUCAUAACUCGGGAAAUGUUGAUUUUUGUGCAAAAAUUUGAAUUUGGCGCCAAAAAUUGGUCUAGAAAAGUGAAAAAAAGAAAAAAAUUCACCCAAAAAUGAUUGAUGACGGGAUUAAAAUGGGGAGAAUUUUUCCCAAAAAAAAUUUUUUUUCGCAAUUUUUUCCCCUCCCGAAAAAAAUGAGCGGCUACCAAACCGAUGACGAUUUUCAAAGUUCCGAUGGAAAAUUGUACUAUUCUUCUACUACAAAUUCCACGUCAUCAGACUAUUAUCACUGUAUUUCGCAGAAAAGAGAUGUGUUUGUACCAAGUUUUUGACUGAAAAUUCCAGAAAAAUCUGAUUUUUUGAGCCAAAAUUCAUGAAUUUUUCGAUUUUUGCUCCGAAAAAUCCGUGAAAAAGUGCAUUUCUCUUCCGAAAAAUGCAAUAAAAAACAAGUGACGGGCCUCUGUUUCGGAGUUUUUGAAGGAAUUAAUUUGAGCUCAUAAAUUUUGAGCACGGCAAAUUAUUUUUCCUCAUUUUUUGAGAUCAGAGAAAAAAAAUGUCCUUUUCAUUUUUGAGAGAGACAAAUUGUGAAGAGGAGACAUUUGCGGGGAAAUUCAUGAAGUGCGAUUUUUUCAGCCAAAAAGACUCUGAAAUUCUUAAAAAUUAUCAGAAUUUUCAAAUGUUCCAGGUUUUUCAAUCAAAUUUCGAGAAAACCCGAUUGUUUUUAGCCGAAAUUCAUGAAAAUUAAAUUUUCCUGAAAAAUGUGCCCUGAAAUUGCAAGAAAAGGGGCGUGGCUUAAUUUUUUAAUAAAAAAAUAACGAAAUUUUGAAUUUUUCUCUGAAAAUCAUGAUUUUCAGCUGAAAAAUUGAAUUAUGAACAAAAAAUGCUCAUUUUCAGCUCAAAAAUUCAUUAAAUUUGAAUUUUCAGCACAAAAAUCUGAAAUUCUUAAAAUUAUCAGAAUUUGUUAAAUUUAGAUUCAAAAUUUUCAGAAAAUCCAGCUCUCUUCAAAAUUUCAGCCAAAGAAUCUGAAAUUAAUUUUCAGCGGCUUAAAAGGCGGAAAAAUUGAAUUUAGAGCUAAAAAUGCUCAUUUCCAGCUCAUUAAUUUAUUAAAUUUGAAUUUUCAGCUCAAAAAUUUAUUAAAUUUGAAUUUUCAGCUCAAAAAUUCAUUAUAUUUGAAUCUUCAGCUUAAAAAUUUAUUAAAUUCGAAUUUUCAGCUCAAAAAAUUCAGAAAAUUUGAAUUUUCAGCUUAGAAAUUCAUUAAAUUUGAAUUUUCAGCUCAAAAAUUCAGAAAAUUUGAAUUUUCAGCUCAAAAAUUCAUUAUAUUUGAAUCUUCAGCUUAAAAAUUUAUUAAAUUUGAAUUUUCAGCUCAAAAAAUUCAGAAAAUUUGAAUUUUCAGCUUAGAAAUUCAUUAAAUUUGAAUUUUCAGCUCAAAAAUCUGAUAUUCUUAAAAUUAUCAGAAUUUGUUGAAUUUAGGUUCAAAAUUUUCAGAAAAUGCAGCUCUUCUCAAAUUUUCAGCCCAAAAAAUCUGAAAUUAAUUUUCAGCGGCUCCACAACCACCGAUUUCACCUCCGUCUCUCGACAACACGAAAAAAUGGCACAAAAAAAGCGAAAAAAUCGGCGAAAUUUCCGAAAACCCUCGCGUGCUUCGAGUUUUUCCAGUAUCACUGAAUCAUCGAUGAGUUUAGACGUAUUUACCGUAACUCUCAACAUGGAUACGGUCAAUUUUUUGGGAAUUUCCAUCGUUGGACAAACAUCGACACGUGGCGAUAAUGGAAUUUAUGUGGCGAACAUCAUGAAAGGCGGUGCUGUUGCUUUGGAUGGCAGAAUUGAAGCGGGUGAUAUGAUUUUGCAAGUUAAUGAUAUUAGUUUUGAGAAUUUUACCAAUGAUCAAGCGGUGGAUGUUUUGAGGUGAGAAUUUGGUGGAAAAUUUGAAAAAUUUGGGGAAUUUUGACCCUAAACUCGAUUUUCGGCCCCAAAAAUGGUCCUGAGGCGAAAAACUUACUGUAGGAUGAUUUUUUGACUCGAAAAACGUCAAAUUUUCACCCAGAACACGUUUUUGAUUCUAAAAAUGGUCCUGGGGCGAAAAUCUUACCGUGGAGCGAUUUUUCAAGUUAGGGACCUUGAAAAUGCGAAUUUUUGACCUAAAAUCCAAGAAAAUAGAGGAAUUUUGACCCAGGGACCAUCAAAAUUAUGAAAAUUUGAUUCCGAACACGAUUUUUGACUCCAAAAAUGGUCCCAGAGCGAAAAUCUUACUGUAGGGUUCAUUUUUAAAUGAAAUUUUGAAUUGCUCCAAAAAUUGGAAAAUGUACGUUUCAAAAAUUUCAUAAAUAUUUUGGUUUUAAAAUAUUUUUCGUUCGACUUCUUUUAGUCAUUAAAUGAAAAAAAAACUUAGAUUUUGGCUGAAAUUCGUCUGAAAUAUCUGCUUUUCACGAAUUUCAGCUCAAAAUUGGCCAAAUUUCAUGAUUUUUGUCUUGAAAUUCGUCAAAUUCUGAAAAUUUUAACCUGAAAUCCAUCAUUUUCAGAGAUGCUGUAAGCCGCCGCGGACCCAUCAAACUUACAGUAGCCAAAAGUUUCGAAAACGGACCACAAAGUUGUUUUACGAUUCCGCGAAAUAGUCGAGAAGAACCGGUUCGACCGAUUGACACGCAGGCUUGGAUUCAACACACAAAUGCGAUGAGAGGAAUGCCGAGUAUUGUUGAAGGUAUGGCUCUGAAAAUCUGGAAAGUUUGGCUGAAAAUGAGCUAAAAUUCGAGAUUUUUGAUGAAUUUUGAGCCCAUGAGCUUUUUCAGAAGCCUUUAAAAUUGUUUUGAGAAAUUUUAAAGGUGCAUACAGUAAUCCUGUGUUUGUUCCUAAUCCUUGAAGCAACCUGAACGAAAUUUAAAGGAACAUACCGUAAUUAAAAAAUAAUGUUUGCCACGUGGCAUUUUAAAAGCCUAAAUUUUAUUAAAAAUUCCAAAUUUGAGCUUAUUUUAUCCUCAAAAAGCCCCUAGGCCAUAAUUUUCCUCAAAAAUGUUGAAUUUUAGCCUGUUUCGGCCCCAAAAGCCCCCCAAGCCCAAGUUUUUCUCAAAAAUUUGAAAUUUAAGCUCAUUUUGUAGCGAAAAAAGCCCCAAAGCUUGAAUUUUACCAAAAAAUUCUAACUUCGGGCUCAUUUUGCUCCCAAAAUCCUUCUAGGCUCAAAUUUUUUCCGAAAAUUUCAAAUUUUAGCUUAUUUUGGCCCCAAAAAGCCCCCAGGCCCAAAUUUACCUCAAAAAUUUGAAAUUUGAGCUCUUUUUAGCCCCAAAAGACCCCCAAGCCCAAAUGUUCCUCAAAACCUCCAAUUUUUCAGGUGUCGAAGGUGCUCCGACUCCCUUACCCGGUGAUUGGCCUCCUCACGCCAAUGGCCGCCCGCAAAGUUCAUCUACAGUAACCUCGAACGGCUCAAAUGGUCAGAAUACGGUAGUUGGCGGUGGAAAUGGAACACAAAUCAAAUUGGACCUGGCAACCGACAAAAAGAAGAUUGUUGAAGUGAUGGCGAUGCCCAACAGUGGAUUGGAUAUCAAAAAUCGAACUUGGUUGAAAAUUCCGAUCCCCAUGUCGUUUUUGGGUGAGUUUUUUGGGCCCGAAUGAGCCCGGAUUUGGGAUUUUUGGGGAACUUUAAGCCCGGCUAGCUUUUUCUCAGGAAAAAUCGAUUUUUGACCCAAAAAUAGACUCGAAAAACUGAAUUUUUAGGUGUUUAACAUGAGCAAUGCUCAAAAUUUCAUGAUUUUCUCAAAUUUCGGGUCGAAAAAUGCAAAAAUUCAGACUAACAUGAGCAAUGCUCAAAAAUCCCGAAAUUUCUAGUCUAGGCUCAAAAUUACCCAAUUUUUAUCAAUUUUCUAUCAGAAAUUCCAGUUUAACAUGAGCAAUGCUCAAAAAUCCCGAAAUUUCGAGUCUAGGCUCAAAAUUCUCCAAUCUUUAUCAAUUUUCCAUCAGAAAUUCCAGUUUAACAUGAGCAAUGCUCAAAAAUCCAGAAAUUUUCAAAUUUUCGGGUCCCAGAGCGAAUUUGCUUACUGUAGUUCAAGUUUUGAUGAAAAAAUUGAAUUUUGGCUCAAAAUUCAUCAAAUUUCUCGAAUUUUGGCUCGAAUUAACCCAAAAUUAAUUUCAGGUUCCGAUUUGGUCGAAUGGCUUCUGGAUCAUGUCGAAGGUUUGCGAGAACGAAAAGAUGCUCGAAAAUUCGCGGCCGAAUUGUUGAAAUUGAAAUAUAUUGCUCAUGUUGUUAAUAAGAUUACAUUCACCGAACAAUGCUAUUAUGUAUUAGGCGAUGAAUGUUCUGGUAAGUGAAUUUUGGGUGGGAAUUUGAAAUUUUUGAGAAAUUUUGACAUAAAAUUCAUGAGAAUUGGAGAAUUUUGAGCCUAGACUCGAAAUUUUGGGAUUUUUGAGCAUUGCUCAUGUUAAACUGGAAUUUCUGAUGGAAAAUUGAUAAAAAUUGAAGAAUUUUGAGCCUAGACUCGAAAUUUCGGGAUUUUUGAGCAUUGCUCAUGUUAAACUGGAAUUUCUGUUGGAAAAUUCAUGAAAAUUGAAGAAUUUUGAGCCUAGACUCUAAAAUUUGGGAUUUUUUGAGCAUUGCUCAUGUUAAACUGGAAUUUCUGUUGGAAAAUUUAUAAAAAUUGGAGAAUUUUGAGCCUAGACUCGAAAUUUUGGGAUUUUCGAGGAUUUUUGAGCAUUGCUCAUGUUAAAUUCUUAAAAAUUCAGAUUUUUAAGUCUAAAAUCAAAAACUAAAUAAUUUCAAAACAAAAUUUUCCACACCGCCUUUUUUGGCGCUCAAAUUUGAUCUACAGUAGGAUUUUUCCCUUCAAAACCAAAAGAUUCAAAAUUUUGAGCAUUGCUCAUGUUAAACACUUAAAAAUUCAGAUUUUUCUGGUUCAUUUUGAUCCGAAUUUUACGCUCCAAAAACUACAGUACUCAAAAAUUAUCGAUUUUUUUUCAGAUUAUGCUCGAUUCCGAAAUGAGGACGGCGGUCCGCGCUAUCAAUGGACCACACAAUGCGUUUCAACACAACCGCAAGGUGCUCCAAUUUAUGCACCGAAAUCUGGAGGAGUUGUGCCAACUCAAGGAGCUUCUAUGGUGAGCGACGGCGAUUCAUCAUCGCGCAUGUAUGUUAUGCACAUUUGAGAGCAUUUUUUCUGGAGAUUUUGGGCGGGAAUUUGGAAUUUUUGCAGUUUUUUGAUCCAAAAUUCAUGAAAAUUGAGAAAUUUUGAGCUAGAAAACGAUUUAAUGACCUGAAAUUUGAAUUUCUGGGUCCUGGAACGAUAAAUCUUAAAUUUUGACGCGAAAUUCAAAAUUUUCAAAAAAAUUCUAAGUUUUCCCCCCAAUAGUCCGCAUGUAUUUAUUUUUCCUCAUUUUUUUUCUCAUUUUUUUUUUGCAAAAUUAUUUUUUUGUAAUAAUUUAUGUGUUUUGUCCUUUGAUUUUUUUGCACAGAAAAAUUUGAAAAAAAAAAUUUUUUUUGAAUUUUUUCUCCCAAAAUUUGAAUUCCGGUGCUAUUUUUUCCAUUUUUUGCAUUUUCCCAGAUUUUUUGCUCAAAAAUUUGAAUUUUCCUAUAAAUUUCACACAAACUUCACUUGUCUUUUGUUUCUUUUUCAGACAAAUUUUCAGCACGUGAAAGUUUUGGCGCCAAAAUUUUGAUCUACAGUAGGAUUUUGAGCUUCGGGACCCAAAAAAUCGCAUUUUUCACCGAAUUUUGGGUCCUGGAGCGAUGAUCUACAGUAAUCACAGGGAUUUUUGGCGCGCCAAAAUUCCCGAAUUCAAAAAAAAAUCAUUUUUUGAAGGUAAGCGGCUACGCGUCGAUGCCCGUCUCGCCGUUUCCGCAAAACGUGGUGCGGAAAGCUGGAAGUCAGGCAAGCGGAAGUAGUGGCGGAGGCGGAGGAGGACAACCGAAAAUGUGAGUUUUCUGUGCCACGUGGCAAAAUUUGAAUUUCCCACAAUUUUCUCGUCAUUUUGACACCAAACAUGAUAUAUUUUGAGAAAAAUUCAAAUUUACUACGGUAUGUCCCUUUGAAAUCCCGGAUUUUUUUACUAAAAAUUUGGUUUUUGGGUCCUGAAGCGAUUUGGAUUAUUGUAGGCGCCUUUAAAUUUGAAAUUUGAGCUAUGAAUGCUCUUACAGUACGCGAAAAUUUGAUCUACAGUAAGAUUUUUAGCUUCGGGACCAAAAAAUAGCCAUGUUCGGUGUCAAAAUGGGUCAUGUUUGGUCCUGAAGCGAUCUACAGUAAUCUCAAAGGCGCAUAACUAUUUUUUUUCAGGCGAAAUGUGAUUCUGCCCUCAAAACCAACAUCUUCAACAGCGUCCGGGGGAUCUGGAAGCCACGCCCAUUUUUCGGCUGGAAUUUCAGCCAAUUUGGCUCCGCCCCCUUCUUCUGAGAUGUCGGCUUCACGACAAAGUUUUCGAGCCGCCAUGAGUCAACCUUAUGAGUUUUUUUUGGAGAAAAUUUGAAAAUGGAGCUAAAAAUGGGGAAUUUGGAGCAUUUUGAGAUAAAAUUUGAAUUUUUCUGAACAUUUUGAGCUGAAUUUCAGAAAAAUCCAAAAUUUCUGAAUAUUGCCACGUCAUAGCUCAAAAAAUUGGGAAUUUUUCGAUUUUUUGCUAAAAAUUCAGAUAUUUCUGAACAUUUUGAGCUGAAAUUCGAAAUUUUCUGAAUUUUCUGAACUUUUCCACGUCAUAGCUCAAAAUUUCCCAAUCUUCCCGAAUUUCAGCUCAUUUUUACCCCCAAAUUUUUCACGUUUUUGAGCUACAGUAUUUUUUUUGUGACACGUGUAAUAUUUUUUUUUUGUUGUUAUAAUUUUUGAAAAGCAUAUUUUUCCAGUAAGUUGAAAGUAAAUAAAAUUUUUUAUCGAGAAAAAUCAAUUAUUUAUGGAAUUUUUAAGAGGUUUCUGGAUUUUUUUUUUCGAAAUUUUCGAAAAAAAAAAUUAUUUUCUUGAACAUCUGGUCAGAAAAGAACAUAAAACAAAUUUUUUUUUUGAAAAAAUUUUAUCACAAAAUUUCUUAAACUUUGAAAAAUUCAUGUGGAAUACUACGGUAUGACCCUUUAAAAUAGUCAUUUUUAUUGUUGAAAAUUCAAGUUUUUGAUCUACAGUAAGAUUUUUUCGCUUCGAGACCAAAAUCUUACUGUAGUUCAAAUUUUUGACCCAAAAAUCGAUAUUUUCUUCUGUGAGGCUAGGUAAACAAAUAAAUACUCUUACACUGUGUAAUUAUUUACUGUUCUACUCAAAAAAUCUAUCCAAGUUAGCCUAACUUAUUUAAUUUUUGACUAUUUUUCGCGAAAAAAAAUCAUUUAAAAAUUCCUCUAAAUUUUAGUGCCCUAUUUAUUUGUGCCAUGUGGAUUUUCAAUUUUUCGCUCGUUUUUCUGGCGAUUUUUGGAGUUCCUGAAAGUUUUGCGCAAACUAGUGAGUUUUUUUUGGGGAACAUUUGGGAUUUUCAGACAAUUUUGAGUUGAAAUUCUGAAAAUUUGGAAAAUUUUGAGCUAGAAACCUUUUAGGCUUAAAAUUGCCACGUCAUAACCCAAUUUUUCCCCAAAUUUAUUGAUUUUUGGCUCAAAAAUUUCAGAUUUCCAGCCAGAAAUCUCAAAAUUCAAAAAAUUUCAGCCGGCGGAAUUUGGUGUCAUUCUGGAGACAAGAAAAACUUCAAUCCAAUGCAGUGUGAAGCGCAAACUGUGAAUUGUUUCAAAUUCGAGUGCCAAAAUAUUGAAGGUGAGGAGUACUGUAGAUUUUGGCGCCAAAAACUACUGUAGGUUACUGUAGAUCGCUUCAGAACCAAAAAUGACGCAUUUUGACACCAAACAUGAAUAUUUUCGGAUUUUUGGGUCUCGAAGCGAUAAAUCUUACUGUAGAUCAAAUUUUGGCGCCAAAAAUAUGGCCAUGCGCCUUUAAAAUUACUGUAGAUCGCUUCAGGACCCAAAAUGAAGCAUUUUGACACCAAACAUGAAUAUUUUUGGGUCCCAAAGCGAAAAAUCUUACUGUAGAUCAAAUUUUCGCGUACUGUAGGGACAUUCAUAGCUCAAAUUUCAAAUUUAAAGGCACCUACAGUAAUCCUGAUCGCUGCGAGACCCAAAAAAUCAAAUUUUGGCUCCUGGGCUCAUUUUUAGCGUAAAAUACCUCAAAAUGCAUCAUUUUUCACCAAAUUUUCAGCAAAAUCCCCAAUUUUCAGAGCCCUUCACAGCUCGCGGAUGCGGCCCUUCAGUUCUAACAAAAGCCACAGGUCUACCAAAUGAAUCCUGUCAUCAGGCACAAUCGAUUUGCGAGAAGUUGGGCGGAGUUUCGACGUGUUUCACGUGUGAUAAUCGACAUAUGUGUAAUUCUUUUGGACGAAAUUUGCAUUUUUUGGCGUUUUUUGGGGUUUUUGUGAUGGUUUUAGUGGUGGUUAUAUGA